CAUUUCGUUCUUCACAUUGACUGUGAUAUCGUUUUACGGGCUCUGGAGCUCAGAUAAUUAUUGACAGCCAUGCGACGAAGACCGCCGCCAACUGCCUUGAGGCUGGUACCGGGCCCUGUCCCACCACGAAAUGCCCCAAAGUAUACACUGCCCUCCCUACCUUGGCCCAUUCACACGGAGGCAUCGAACCGGCCAGAGAAGAGGCGAGUCAUGGACUUGCCACCGAUACAGCUGAGCAUGCCGGUCGCGGGGUCGGAGAAAAGUAAGCUGCGUGGCCCCUGGGACCACUCGUCGAGCAUUUCUGUUGAGAUAGAUGUUGAGCGGCUGCUGGCACCGCUGAAACCUGCUGUCGUAAGGCGCUGUAGUAUUUAGAUAUUGAAACGUUAA